AGAGAGAGAGAGAGAGAGAGAGAGAGAGAGAGAGAGAGAGAGUGUGUCGGCGAGGCAAGCGGAGCGGGGACACGGAGCAGGAGCCGUUCCUCUAGAGCCAGCGGAAACCUCCUCGGACAGCAGCCGGGCACCAGCCCCAGCAGCUCUUGUGGACGCCGGAGACGCCGCCGCCACCACCACCGUUCCAAGCCGGCCUCUCGCGUCCCUUGCCGCCGGCUUGCCGGGGCAGCGGGGAUGCAGCUGGGGCAUGGCCGCCGGGGCCCCGUCACCUGCCGCGGGGAGCGCUGAACCCGUUGAAAAGCUACCUGGGAGAACCUAACCAUCUCUUGUGACCCCGCUCUGUCUGGGUACUCCCCACCCCGAGGAAGCUUCUUUGGGUCCUUGGUGUCCCCACCGCCCUGUGACAGUAAAGGGGACAGCACUCCAACAGCGCGAAGUCAGAAGGACCAAGGGGAACCGGCCAGCCUUCCCCGGAGCUGGCCCACAGGCCUCUUCGGCGGGAACCUGUCCUAGGAGUGGCCCGUUCUGCAAACAGGGCAAUCAGGACGCCACGGCUCCGCCUGAAGCAAUGGCCCAGCCCUACCCCCCUGCCCAGUACCCCCCUCCGCCUCAGAAUGGAAUCCCAGCUGAAUACGCCCCGCCCCCACCACACCCCACACAGGACUACUCCGGCCAGACCCCAGUCCCCCCAGAGCACGGUAUAACCCUCUACACAGCAGCACAGACGCACCCUGAGCAGCCAGGCACCGAGGCCAGCACACAGCCCAUUGCUGGGACCCAGACAGUGCCGCAGGCAGAUGAGGCAGCCCAGACGGACAGCCAGCAGCUCCACCCUUCUGACCCCACGGAGAAGCAGCAGCCCAAACGACUACAUGUCUCCAACAUCCCCUUCCGGUUCAGGGACCCUGACCUGCGGCAAAUGUUCGGGCAAUUCGGGAAAAUUUUAGACGUGGAGAUCAUUUUUAACGAGCGGGGCUCCAAGGGUUUUGGGUUUGUAACUUUUGAAACUAGCUCAGAUGCUGACCGAGCCCGGGAGAAGCUGAAUGGGACGAUCGUAGAGGGACGGAAAAUUGAGGUUAAUAACGCCACAGCCCGGGUCAUGACCAAUAAGAAGCCUGGGAACCCAUAUGCCAAUGGCUGGAAGCUAAACCCCGUAGUAGGGGCAGUGUAUGGGCCUGAAUUCUAUGCAGUGACCAGUUUCCCCUACCCCACCACGGGCACCGCCGUCGCCUACCGGGGUGCACACCUGCGGGGCCGGGGCCGUGCUGUGUAUAAUACAUUUCGAGCUGCACCACCUCCGCCCCCCAUUCCGACUUAUGGAGCGGCACUGGAGCAAACGCUUGUUAAAAUGCCAGUCCCGUGGGCGGGGCUGGCACCGUGCCCCCUCCCUCCUCAGCAGACACCGGAGCCGGCCUACCCCGCCUCUCCAGCGUUCCCACCACUCUCUUGUCCGUUUGCUUCCAGGGUCGUGUAUCAGGAUGGAUUUUAUGGUGCUGAGAUUUAUGGAGGCUAUGCAGCUUACAGAUAUGCUCAGCCCGCAGCCGCAGCCGCCGCAGCCUACAGCGACAGUUAUGGCAGAGUCUAUGCAGCUACCGAUCCCUACCAUCACACCAUCGGCCCCACAGCAACCUACAGCAUCGGAACCAUGGCUAGCCUCUGCCGAGGAGGGUACAGCCGCUUCACCCCCUACUAGCAAGAGACCCCCCUCACAGCAUUCAUGCCACUGCUUAUUCCAAACCAAACCCUCCACUCCCAACACCAGACACAGCCACCAGGAGGACAGUGCGCCCCUCCCGGUCAGCGACACGCGCCGCUGACCCCUCUGCGAUUUUAAAGUCCGUAGAUUUUUACCUCCAGCCAGCUGGUCUCCCCACCCCACCCAUGACGGUGUGUGUGUCUCUGACCCUGGUUUUCCUGUAUGUCUGAACCUUGGUUUCCUAUCUUGACGUUGUUGGUGUUGUACAGCCACUUCAGGUACAGUAUGCAUACAGCGGGAGCCAGGCCGGGGGGACGGCAGGUCGCCCUACCAGGACCGUGCCUGUGUCACAGGGCAACGCGGGCUCUCGGAGCUCCAGACAACCUCCCUCUGAGUCACCUCGGUCAACCCCUGCAGGCCUGGCCACCCCCAUGCUUGGUGACUGAUAGAGGCCUCGUCAGUGGGUUUCCCAGUGGGAGGGGCCUCCAUCCACCUUUCACAGGGAAUGUCAGGAGUAGCUGCCCCAUCUGGACUUCCUCUCAGCUGAAGUUAAUGUUUCUAUUAAAGUUUACUGAUUAUCCUCCUGUCCAGGGAGUCACGAGCACACUGUUCCGUGUGUGUACAGCUGUGAUCACCCCAGCUCUGGGUUUCCUUACAGAAAUGUCCCUGCCCCAGGGUCACCCUGCAUUGGUGGCCCUGGAGACCGUCCCUGAGCCUCACCACCUCCUCAGGCACCUGAAGCUGAUGCCUCCAGGUGUUUGUCCUCGACCUACAGAGCCCCUCCCCCAACCAUUGCAUGACUCGACAUACUCAUUGUCGAGGUCCAUCCCAGGAGAGGAAAAGGGCUCCAGUUAUCAGGCCAGGGACAUGUGUCCGUUUCCUUCCUCACCCAAGCCUCCGUUAGCAUGUCUGUGCCUCUGUGGCCCUGGGGACCCACCUAGCUCUACUGUCCAGAGUCCAGGAGAGUAUGCCAGUUGGCACCUGAGGUCAGGCCGAGAGCUCUGGAGAACUAGCCGGUGCUGCCCCUUCCACUCCGGGGGUUCAGAACCACAAGGCAACCAAAGUUGUUAGCCCCGUUGUAGACAGAGCCCUGCUCCCUCUCCUUCCACGAUCUCUACCAUAUCCUACCUGGUCCGCUCAUCCCUACAAGAUGGUCUGCUUUACGUCUAGCCUGUGGUGGGGCUCCAGAAGCUGUGGGGGAAAGGUUUAGGGGCACUGUGGCUUCAGGUCGGACCCAAGCCCGCAGGCACAGUGGCCCCAUGUGCUGCGGCUACCCCUCAGAAACUGCAGCCCUUCCCUUUCUG